AUGCAACCUCAUUCACGUCUCUGGACGUCGCUGGCCGCGGUCGCCGCUCUGGCCGCGCAGGUGCAGGGCCUCGGGAAGGUCUCGCGCACCGGCAAGUACCUCUUCAAUGAGGACGGAAGCCGUUUCUACAUCAAGGGUGUCGCCUACCAGCCACAGGGCGAGAUUGACAGUACGAGCGGCUUUGUCGAGCCGACGUCGUUCACGGACCCGCUCGCGGACUCUUCGGCCUGCUCGCGCGAUCUGCCCUACCUGAAGGACCUCGGCGUCAACGUCGUGCACGUGUACUCUGUCAACUCGAGCCUCAGCCACGACGCAUGCAUGUCCGCACUCAGUGGCGCGGGCAUCUACACAAUUAUCGACCUUACGCUCCCUGUCAACGGCUCCAUCGACCGCUCGGCACCCCAGUGGACGACUUCCUUGCUCGACCAGUAUCUCACGACCAUCGACGCGUUCGAGAAGUACGACAAUGUAUUGGCUUAUGGUGUUGGUAACGAGGUCAUAAUCGGCGCGGACGGCACGUUCGUAGCGCCGUACAUCAAAGCGGGUGCUCGUGAUGUCCGUGCAUACCUCAACUCGAUCAAGUCGAGUGCAUUGGUCGCGUACUCGGCUGUUGACGGCGACACAUGGAUCUACGACCUCGCUCAAUACCUCAACUGCGACCCUGCAGGCGGCAACGAUGCAUCAACGUCUAUCGAUCUUUACGGCUUGAACAACUACGAACUUUGCGGCAACGAGACCUUCGACCAAGCUUACCAAGGCAAGACGAACGAGUUCGCGAACCGCUUGGACGUAGCGGCGUACUUCUCCGAGUACGGAUGUGUGAAGGUUUCCCCGCGUCCUUGGGCAGACGUUGCGGCUCUGUUCAGCGAUGAGGCUACUGCCGUAUGGUCGGGAGGCGUCGCGUUCUCCUACUUCCCGGCUUUCUCGACCGACGGACAGUUCGGCAUGGUCAACGUCACCGACAGCACCGUCACCACCGGCCAAGACUACGACAACCUCAAGACCGCAUAUGCCGCUGCGAAGCCGCAGAAUUCUCCCACGCAGUCCUCGGCGCCUUCGGCGAGCUAUGAGAGCUGCCCGUCGAGCAGUGGGACGUGGUUGGCCAGCAACAGCUUGCCACCUACGCCCAAUGAUGCGGCCUGCUCGUGCCUUGACAGUGUUGUCAGCUGCUUGUUCACGCCCAAGGUCGACAACACGUCGGCCAUCGUUGGGGAGCUGUUCAAUACCGCUUGCCAGCUUCUUGGCGGACAGGGAUCCAACUGUGACGCUAUCUCGAGCAAUGGCACGACCGGCACCUACGGUGCAGUGUCGGGCUGUGACGCCGACACGAUGCUCUCCUUCGUCAUGACCCAGUGGUACGAGCUCUCGGGCCGCAACCCCGAAGCAUGCUCCUUCGCCGGCAACGGUACUCUCAACCAGCAAGCAUCGACAACCGCAUCCGGCGUCGACGCCGCCGCAUCAUCAUGUCUUGCCAGCGCAACAGGCGCAUCGACGCCCGCUGCACCCACCGCCGCUCAGGGCUCGAGCUCGAGUUCCGGCUCGGGCAGCCAGUCAAGCAGCGGAAGCGGAAGUGGGAGCUCGGGGUCAAACGACUCGAGCAGCGCUGCGCGCAUGGGCGAGGCCAGCUUCGGCGCGGCAGGCGUCGUGCUAAUGGUCUUCAUCAGCGUUGUGGGCGGUGCGAUCACGCUCGCAUGA